AAUAACCAGAAAUGUUUCUAUGGUUACAGAGAAGGUUGCGCGCGCGUGUGUUUACUAACGGCAGAUGUCAACGGUUAAGAGCGCCAACGGCGAACAAGCUGUUCUUUAUUACACUAAAUAUUUAUCCAUAUUGUGCCACAAUUACGUGUUUGAAACACAUCGAGCAAACGAAUGGACAGUAGAGAGGUGGAUUAUGCUGCAGGAGUGAUUUGAAAAGUUUGUAUGAACGUUUUGAUAGCUUUGUUUUGCCGUAAAACUGGUUCGCCGAUGGGGCGAGGGGGAGUGCUAAAAACUAUGUGUUAUGUUAUUAACUUUUGAAAGAAGAAAUUACAUAUUUUCCCCUUAUGAGUUGAAUUCAGAAGAAAUUUAACGCACUCUUGCUAAAUUCAAUACACACCGUGUUUCUGCCACUAUAGCCUCACUUGUUCUGGUAUAUACUGGUUAUAAUGUUGUCUAGCUUUAUGUUAGCAAAGUUAUAACUGACAUUAACUUACUCAGUUUGACUGUUAAUGCUCAUGCCAGUGUUACACCACGUUUGAGCAGUUAUGAUUAAAUAGGAAAGAAUAGUGAUUUGAUAGUGAAAGUCAUUUGUGGCCGGUAUUUAACAAUUAACGUAACCGGUUACAUAGUCUCUCUUUAAAUGAUUAGCAAAAAAUAAACAUUUUAUUUUCAGUUAGCAUGAGUUCAGACUCCCCCAAAACAAAUUACUUAAUAAAAACGUAAAUACAAAAAUCUAUUUUUCACUAGGAUUAGUGAUAGUGCUCUUAAAUAUUGACAAACUGAUAGAAGAUCAAUUCUGAAAACUAUUCAGUUUUGGUAACAUAUCUUUGUAUUCUGCGUCCAAAGGCCGGGAGCGCACACGUAUCCCAUCAUCCGAUGCGCGUCCCCGUGGCUCAACUAAACGGACCCCAGUCUGUAAAGCCAGAAGGGACGAGAUCGGAAGUCUGGCGAUUGCCCUUCAAAAUCAAGCUUUACCAAUAUGUAUAAAUGCUUUUAAUUGAUGGGCUGUAGCUAACAACUAUUUACACCAUCUAUUAAUUUGCCACUUAAGUCAGUGAUUAAUUAUUCGGGUCUAUAAAUGUUGGAAAACAGUGAAAAAAUUACCAAAACGAUCUCCUUAAGCCCUAAGUGAUGCCUUUAAUGUUCAAUUUGUAAUAUCAAAAAAGAGAAGAAGGCAGCAAAUCCUCACAAUUUAAAAUCCUCAAAACAUUGUUGUUAAACGACUAUUUAAUUAUCAAAAUAGUUGCUGAUUAAUUGUAAUACAAUUUUCAGGACAAGUCUCUAGUUUAAUGUUACUAAAAAUAAACCAACUAGCGUACACAUGGUAGUGAUGGAUGUGAGGCCCUCAAUAUAGGCAAAUAUGUACUUAUAUAAAGAUGUAAAUCUAAUUAUAUAACAUGUUAUCUAAACAAGUAAUGCCUGCUAUUGAUGACAUUUAUGAAAAAGUAUAGGAAUACUUUAAAUUAAAAGAAACAUAGGCAAUUUAAUUACUUAAAUAAGACACAUAUCUGAUUAAAUUAUCACGCAAUUAUUUUCAUUAGCCUGUAACUGUAAUCUAAUAUAAACCUGACUGUCCACAGCUGCACCACCACACCACGAUGAGUAUAUUUUAACCUACUAUAUAUUGAAGCAGUAACCGGAAGUUGCGUGUAACUUGACGCUGGUUGAAGCGGCUAUCUCCCUACAAACAUUACCUCCGCUGUGCUGCCGAGACAUCAUGAUCCCCGAUCAGCAGCAGCAGCAGCAGCAGCAGUGGCGUCCGCAGCCUGGGCCCGCAGCAGCGUCCCCCUGUGUGUCUGUCGGUGAGCCAUGAGCAUGCCACCGCUCCGACCUCCUCGUCCCAGCCUGACCGACUCUUGUUUACCAGCGAGAUGUAUUUCAACCGGAGAGCCAAGAAGAUACACAGCGAGGGAGCCUCGCCUCUCUCCCAUCAAUCCAACGGUGCAGGACCUGCUUGCUCGUCCGCCGGUUACCGCAAGGCAGAUGAUGAGAUGUCCGGGACCACUUCCCAGGCGGAUCCCAUAGACGCCACGGCGCGGAUUGUGCUGCUCAACCGGCCACAGAAUACCAAGUUCUGCGACAACCAUGUCAGUACCACAAAGUAUGGUGUCCUCACCUUUCUGCCCCGAUUCCUGUAUGAGCAGAUCAGGCGGGCUGCCAACGCCUUCUUUCUGUUCAUCGCACUCAUGCAGCAAAUCCCUGAUGUAUCACCGACCGGUCGCUACACAACACUUGUCCCGCUCAUCUUCAUCCUCACCGUGGCCGGGAUCAAAGAGAUCAUAGAGGACUAUAAAAGACAUAAAGCAGAUAACACAGUCAACAAAAAGAAGACAACAGUGCUGCGUAACGGAGCCUGGCAGACGAUCAUCUGGAAACAGGUGGCAGUGGGAGACAUAGUGAAGGUGACCAAUGGCCAGCACCUUCCAGCUGACAUGGUUAUUGUGUCCUCCAGUGAACCACAGGCCAUGUGUUACACUGAGACCUCCAACCUGGAUGGCGAAACCAACCUGAAGAUUAGACAGGGUCUCUCGCUCACAGCUGCUCUUCAGAACCUGGAGGAUUUGAUGGCACUGUCUGGCCGUUUGGAGUGUGAAGGCCCCAACAGACACCUGUAUGACUUCACUGGUACACUGCGGCUGGAAAACCAGAAUGCUGCUCCCCUAGGUCCAGACCAGGUGUUGCUGCGUGGCGCCCAGCUCAGGAACACGCAGUGGGUUGUGGGAAUUGUUGUCUACACUGGCCAUGACUCCAAACUGAUGCAGAACUCCACCAAGGCACCGCUAAAGCGCUCUAAUGUAGAGCGAGUCACCAAUAUGCAGAUCCUGGUCCUGUUCGGCAUCCUGCUGGUCAUGGCCCUGAUCAGCUCUGUGGGUGCUGCCAUCUGGAACAGAGAACACACUGAAGAGUCCUGCUGGUACCUGUCCCGGGCUGGUGACAUCUCCACUAACUUUGCGUAUAACCUGCUGACGUUCAUCAUCCUUUACAACAACCUGAUCCCCAUCAGCCUGCUGGUCACACUGGAGGUGGUCAAGUUCACACAGGCCCUCUUCAUCAACUGGGAUGUGGAGAUGUACUACUCAGAGACAGACACACCAGCAAUGGCUCGAACGUCCAAUCUUAAUGAGGAACUGGGCCAGGUGAAGUAUCUCUUUUCCGACAAGACAGGGACUCUGACCUGUAACGUCAUGCACUUUAAGAAGUGUACCAUUGCGGGAAUUACUUAUGGCCACUUCCCUGAUCUUGACUGUGAUCGUUCAAUGGAAGACUUCAGCAAUCUGCCUUCCAACAGCAAUAAUUCGACGGAGUUUGAUGACCCAACUCUCAUCCAGAACAUCGAGAAAGAACAUCCUACAUCACCUCAGAUCUGCGAGUUCCUGACUAUGAUGGCAGUGUGCCACACAGUGGUCCCAGAGAUAGAGGGAAACCAGAUCAUUUACCAGGCCUCCUCACCAGAUGAAGGAGCACUGGUCAAAGGAGCCAAAGGACUCGGCUUUGUCUUCACUGCAAGGACCCCGCACUCAGUCAUCAUUGAAGCUAGAGGAAAAGAGAUGAGUUAUGAGCUACUGAAUGUGCUGGAGUUUUCCAGUAACCGUAAACGCAUGUCUGUGGUGGUCAGGACUCCCAAUGGGAAGCUGCGGCUGUACUGCAAAGGAGCUGAUAAUGUCAUUUUUGAACGUCUGACUGAGGCAUCGCAGUACAAAGAAUUAACCGUCGCUCAUCUAGAACAAUUUGCUACUGAAGGCCUGAGAACUUUGUGUUUCGCCUAUGUUGACUUGGAGGAAGGUGCCUACCAGGAGUGGCUGAAGGAGUACAAUCGGGUCAGCACUGUGCUCAAAGACCGUGCUCAGAAACUAGAGGAGUGUUAUGAACUACUGGAAAAGAACUUAAUGCUGCUGGGCGCCACAGCCAUAGAGGACCGUCUCCAGGCUGGCGUGCCAGAGACCAUCGCCACUCUGAUGAGGGCUGACAUCAAGAUCUGGGUUCUUACUGGAGAUAAGCAGGAAACUGCCAUCAACAUAGGUUACUCCUGUCGUCUGGUGACACAUGGCAUGUCCCUCAUCAUUGUCAACGAGGACUCUCUGGAUGCUACUCGUGCCACUCUGACUGCUCACUGUUCAUCCCUGGGCGACUCUCUGAGGAAGGAAAAUGAGCUGGCAUUGAUCAUUGAUGGCCAGACGCUGAAAUAUGCCCUGUCCUUCGAGCUCCGCCAGGCCUUCCUCGACUUGGCAUUGUCCUGCAAGGCUGUCAUCUGCUGCCGAGUGUCUCCGCUGCAGAAGUCAGAGAUCGUGGAUAUGGUGAAGAAACACGUGAAAGCCAUCACGCUGGCGAUAGGCGAUGGUGCGAACGAUGUGGGCAUGAUUCAGACGGCGCACGUCGGAGUGGGAAUCAGCGGCAACGAGGGCAUGCAAGCCACCAACUCCUCUGACUACUCCAUAGCACAGUUCUCCUACCUAGAGAAGCUGCUACUGGUCCACGGGGCGUGGAGCUACAACCGUGUCACCAAGUGCAUCCUCUACUGUUUCUAUAAGAAUGUGGUCCUCUACAUAAUAGAGCUCUGGUUUGCCUUUGUGAACGGGUUCUCUGGCCAGAUCCUUUUUGAGCGCUGGUGUAUAGGCCUCUACAACGUGAUAUUUACUGCACUGCCUCCAUUCACUCUGGGGAUAUUCGACCGGCCGUGCAGCCAGCAGAAUAUGCUCCGUUUCCCACAGCUCUACCGAAUCACCCAAAAUGCCGAGGGCUUCAACACAAAGGUGUUUUGGGGCCACUGUAUCAACGCACUGAUUCACUCAAUUAUUCUCUUUUGGUUUCCGCUCAAAAUGUUAGAGCACGACUCUCCCUUCAGUAAUGGUCAGGGAAAUGACUACCUAUUUGUUGGAAAUAUGGUCUACACAUAUGUGGUAGUUACAGUAUGUCUGAAAGCUGGAAUGGAGACCACCGCUUGGACCAGGUUUUCCCACCUGGCAGUAUGGGGAAGCAUGGUUCUCUGGAUGGUCUUCUUCGCUGUCUACUCCGCCAUCUGGCCCACCAUCCCCAUCGCCCCCGACAUGCUGGGCCAGGCUGGCAGUGUGAUGCAGUGCUGGCACUUCUGGCUGGGCCUGGUCCUGGUGCCUACUGCAUGUUUACUCAAAGACUUUGCUUGGACAGCCACACGUCGCACUGUGAGGAAGUCUCUCUUGGAGGAGGUGCAGGAGUUGGAGGCGCGAGCCGUCGACCCAGGGGCAGCUGUACUUAGGGAUGCCAGCGGCCGCAGUCUAAACGAACGAGCCCAUCUGCUGACAAGAGUCUUUAGGAAAACGCCUUCAAGUGUAGGACGCUCGAACUCGGUGCAGCAGACUGUGUCACAUGGUUAUGCCUUCUCUCAGGAGGAGCACGGCGUGGUGUCCCAAUCCCAGGUGGUGCGCUCCUACGACACCACCCGCCAACGCCCCAGCCUCUAGCCCCGCCCCAGACCAAGGCUUCAGCUCACCGUAGCAAUGGUUGUCAAGGUGACAGCGGAGACAGACUUAUGUGACACCCUCACGCCGGGUGACCGACCCCUGCUGUGGCCUUACGGGAACACUGACCUGACCCCUGGACAGGGGUGGGGGUCACGGUUAGGCGUGGAGGCCGUCGCUGGCGCAUGGAGGACUGACUUGAGAGAAGGGACCAGGCCGACUAUACGGAAUAAACAUUCUCCAAACUCACACAAGCUGCACAGGCAUGAGCAAUCAUAUCCACGCACAAACAUGACAAGUCAAACUCAGAGACUGCUUCUCAUAUCUGUAUACCCCACAGACUGGGUUUGGUUCAUGUUAAUGUGCGUUAACGUGUGUGUGUGCGUGUGUGUGUGUGUGUGCAUUCCAGUGCGUCUGUAUCUGCCUGUGCAUGUGUGUCUGCAC